AUGUCAUACGGAAAGAGAAAACUCAGCGACGCCGACUUCCACGAAGGCAGACGAUCUCAGCAACCAAUAUUUGCACCCGGUGCGAAUGAUGGUGCGCCCGGUCCCUCACAAGCAGCUCCAAUUAAUCCAGGCGCAGCCAAUAUAUAUGACCAGAUACAGAGUUUCAACAGCUACCGACAACAAGCCUCGGCUUCAGACAACUCGGGUCCGAUACGGAGAUCUGAAUUUAUUCGUGAUUUUGAGAGCCACACUCCCACUGAACAAGAAGAUGAUGGGGCUGAAGAAGGUGAGCCUCAGAGUCAAGCAGGCCAUCCGACAAUGGUUCAUCAGCCCCGCCGCCCUAAAGAGAAUCAUGUUCCUGCCCUGGAACAGCAAGCCGUGAGGUUUGACUACAAGAAUCUGGAGCCGGUGGAAAAGUAUCCAUCUCCUGUGUACCGAGAUCCAUAUGGAGAGUUGUUCACCUGCCAAAUCACAAAUCGGGCUAUCAAAUACACACUAGAGAGCGACGAUGAAAUUCUGUCAACAGUACUCAUCCAGGGCGAGCAGCUAAGAGAGGUCCGCCAGGACCGCCCUUGUCCUAUGCCAAUACAUCGUUACCCGGUUCAGAUAUGGAAGCGAGUCGGUUGCUUUGGUUUCGUUCAAUCAAAACUGAUGUACCUGUUGGGAAGUGAAUUGAUUAUUGGUCGUACCUGCAGCACGGGGUUUACCAGAUGGGUUUUUGUCGGCACCACGGAAGAACUGCCCCAGGAAGCAAAACGACUGCCAGCGGUGUUUGGGCCUCUCACUCAUACACCAAGUGUUCCAGACUCAAAGCUCGAAGAGUCCGCGGCGGCCUUAGUAGAGUAUCUCAACGAGGAUUCUAGUGUUGACGACCCUGUCUGGUUAAAGCUGCCUUAUUACGAUGGAUUUGGUAACUUGGAGUCCUAUUUAUUGUACACAAGCUUGACCUAG